UCAGGGUGUAAGGCGACUGUCUCCACGCGCCACCACCGCCGCACUUAAGAACAGAGCAGCCGUCCGCAGCCUGGCGCCUUUUUGUGAUUUGGAGCGCAACUCCCAGCAUUCCAGAUCCGUGGCCUCGUUGCCUGAGGCUGGUGGCAGUUGCAGGUGUAAAACGCCGACGGCACCAGAUGUCAGCGCACCCUUUAAAAUCACCCAGGUUGCUCGCCUCCCACCCUUGUGCAGCAAUGGAAACAGAACUCCUGCUGGCUCCUAUCACUGCGCUGGAGAUCGUGAGAGAUCAUCUUGUAGCAGGGGAAGGGCCCAACAUAACCAUCUACACUCUGGAGCCCAGCACCAACCAGCCAGUCAGAUGCCGCAAGCCAGUCCUUAGGAAUUAUAAUGUCCACGGUAUCAAGGAACAGCAGAACGUGGCUGCAGGAGCUAAAGAGUCUACUUUCCUGGCGGUCUUUGGAGGCAAAAGCUUUGUGGUUGUGGAGCUCACCUUCCAAGGCGGCACAGUCAAACUUUCCAGCCGCUUCCCAUUCUGUGAGCUGCAUGACUGGAUCUGGGACUUACGGUGGCUGGAGGGCAGUGCCGAGACACCCAGCUGCGUGGCUUUGGCCCUUGGCCACAAUUCAGUGGUCCUGUAUGACUGCCAUGGCCAGGGGAUCCUCCAAGAAGUGCACUGCCAGGAGAAAUGCAUCCUCUACUCUGCCCUUUUGGUUGGAGCCAGCUGGGACACUUUGCUUCUGGUGGCUGGCACAGUUUUUCAUCAGCUGGUGCUCUGGUGCAUGGCUGACCCAGCGGAUGACGCGGGCAGGAUAAAGCCCCGGAGCAGGAUCAGCGGACACAACGGCGUCAUCUUCAGCAUUUGCUUUUUGGAGAGCAAAAGCCUCUUGGCCUCCGCCUCUGAUGACAGAAGCGUGCGGUUGUGGGGCGUCCACAACCUCAGAGCUGCCGCUAGUCAUGUCCAGUGCUUGUUGGUGUGCUAUGGGCACCAGUCCAGGGUGUGGUCAGUCAGGCUUCUGAGUGACCACAUCAUCAGCAUUGGAGAGGAUUCGGCUUGCCUUGCGUGGAGCUACCAGGGCGAGAUUGUCCACAGCUUCAGAGGCCACAAGGACCGUAGCCUUCGGGCAGUGGCUGUGCAUGAGGAGCGGGGCUGGGUAUUCACCGGCGGGGCUGAUUCUGGCAUUAGAUGCUGGGACCUCAAGGGGCGCAGGGCCAAUGGGGGCAGCCUGAUGAACCUGAACUUCCCCUCAGCUCAGAGCAGAGGCUCUCCCAGAGCCGUGGAACUGCUGGACGCCAACCGUCUCCUCAUGCUGACUGACACCGGAGCACUGUACGUCUGUGACUUGAGCCCCAGAGCCUGGACGUUCAUCCUGGAGGAUGCUGCCUAUCGGUCCUAUGGCCUGCUGGCUGUGUCUGGGCAAGGCGGCGCUGGCACGGUGUGUGCCCUGGGCAGUCUGUCGGGUCAGGUCAAAGUGUUUGCUCUCAGCAGCCCUGCCCAGAGCCAGGAGCUGGCUGUGUGUGAAGGGAAGGUGCACAGCCUGACCUGGUCCUGCGAUCCAAGGCAGGAGCCCAGUACGCGCGCGCUCCUCGCUUCCGAUUCAGCUGGCACUCUGCUCUGGCUGGAGGCCUCUCACCACCCGCUUGGGCGAGUGAGUGUGGCAGUGAGGCGACGUUUCCUCCUGCCGCCCUGCAAGCAGCGAUGGCACACCUGCGCCGCCUUCCUGCCCCAAGGAGAGUUCCUGGUUUGUGGGGACCGCAGAGGCUCCGUGAUGCUCUUCCCCUCCCAGCCAGCUCCUGGACUGGAGAAGGCACCAGGGAGCGGAGCGCCAAGUGACUCCAGCCUGGAGGCCGCCUGCACACAGCCUUGGCUUGCUGCUCCCGAUGGAGGAAAGGAGCCACGUGCCACGGAGCCUGUCUCUCUGCUCUUCGGGCUUCAUGGGAAGCCUGGUGUGACCUCUGUAACCUGCCACGGUGGCUUCAUCUACAGCACAGGCCGAGAUGGGUGCUACCGCCAGCUCCAGCUCCAGGGCCGGCAGCUCCAGGUGCUGAGGAAGCAGAAGCCGUGCAAGGGCCUCGAGUGGCUGGAGGAGCUGCGCUUCGGUCCAACGGGGGACAUGUGGGUGCUUGGCUUCCAUGCUGCCCGCUUCGUGUUGUGGAGUGCCAGUAAGGGCGAGACGCUGCUCUCUGUCCCCUGUGGGGGUGGGCACCGCUCCUGGAGCUACGCUUGCUGCCUCUCCAGGGAGGCCUUUGCUUACCUCAAAUCCGGGGAUGUGGUGGUGUACCAGAGGAGAGGCGCGCCUGACGAGCAGCGGGUCGUUAAGGAGUCUUUGCACGGGCGGGAGCUGACUUGCCUGUGCCACAUUGGGACUCUGCGGACAGGCAGGCCCGGGCGGGUGAGCGUCCUCGCCACAGGAAGCGAGGACAGCAUGGUGAACGUUCUAGCCCUGGGGGUGAAGCUUCACUCGGUGACCCAGCUCACCAGUCUCGGUGACCACAUCUCAAGUGUGAGAGCUCUGGCCGUGGCUGCAGACAGCACUGCCCCUCCAGAGGCGGGCAGGAUCUCCUGCGUGCUCUUCUCGGCUGGGGGACGGGCCCAGAUUGAGUGCUACCGAUUACUGCUCAGCCUCGGCCACGAUUCCAGCGGCGGUGUAGCCUGUCAAGUGAUCCACUUGGCAUCCCAUCGCCUGGACGAGCGGUGGGACAGCAUGAAAAAUAAGCACAAGCUCAUUAAGAUGGAUCCAGAGACCAGGUAUAUGUCUAUUGUGGUGCUGGCUGGUCCAGAGGAUGCAGCGCUGCCUGGUCCCUGCCUCUUCCUGGCUGCUGCUUGCAGUGAUGGAUCUGUCCGGCUCUUCUUGCUGCGUGAACAUGUCCAAAAGCUGCGGCUUGUGGCAGAGUCCUUUCACCAUCAGCGCUGUGUCCUGAAGGUUGUGGCAUUUGCACACAAGACGGCUGGUAGGAGGAGACACUUCUUGGGCAGCGCAGCCACCGAUGGGAGCAUUUCAUUCUGGGAUAUCACUCCUACCCUUCUCCAUAUUGCAGAAGCCCUAAAGGCAGGAGGCACAGAUGUGGAGCUUCUUGCUCUGGAAGCCCCGGUCCUGACGGUUCAGGCUCACAGCUGUGGUGUGAACAGUCUCCUUGUUCAGGAAACGAUAGAUGGGCAUUUCCUCGUGGCCAGUGGCGGUGAUGAUGGCUCCAUCGCGCUCGUUGUUAUCGAUGUGACUGCUGAAGGCAUCAGUGAGCAAGAAGCCACUGCUGGGACUGGCAUCCGUGUUCUCAAGAAGUUCUCCAGGCAUUGUGCUCACGCAGCUCAUGUGACUGGGGUGCAGUUCCUACCCCCAGACUUCCUCCUUUCCGUUUCUGUGGACCAGCGAAUGACAGUCUGGCACCUUGCUGAGGACAGACUAACUUUUGUGUGCAGCCGGUUCUGCCACGUGGCUGAUGUGGCUGCUCUAGAGUGCUGGGAAGCAGAGGAGAACAGCUAUUGCAGUGUUAUAUGUGGCCAGGGCCUGGAGGUCCUCUCUUGUUGCCUGGGGGCACAAGAUCCAGGAAUAAAACGCUGUGUGUGAAAGAGCACCAAGCGCACUGUUGCCUUAUCCUGUUGGAACGCGGGAGUGUGAACGACUGCAAGGCCAGCCGAGGACGGCUGUGUGACCACAUGAAGGAUUAGAAGACCACUCCUGGCUUCUGACCUCUUCCUCUGGAGACGCAGGGUUACCUGAGAGGCUAGGUUAAACCAUUUAUCCAUCUAGCCCACUGCUGCUUACUCUGGCUGACAGUGACUUCCCAGGAUCUCAGGCGUGGAAUAGUCUUCUGCAUUGCCCGCUGCUGGAUCCUUCAGGUUGGACGUAUCGGGGACUGAAGGUUCUGCAUUGAGAGCAUGUGCUCCGUGGGCACUGCAGCCCCAUUUCCGGUGGCAGCCCCUCUAGAUGUGCUCAGCUACACUCCCAGUAUCCUCCAGCCAGCACAGCCAACGGUCAGGAAUGGGGGGAGCUGUUAUCUCAAACCUUUGAGGGGCAGCAGAUCGGGGUAUACAGAUUGCCUCCAUAAUCCUUCCAUAUAAUCAGCAGUAUGUUUUUGUAAUCUGUCACACCUAAAUUUAAGAUCCACGUACCUGUUUUGCAAAAUCAAAUUCCGAGCUUUGGAAUUAUUAGA